AUGUGCACGAAUAUUCGAAUAUUCGAAUAUUCGAUCUGCAAUAAUUAUUCGAAAAAUAAAAACACUAUUCGAAUUUUGAAAAAAAAUUCGCGAAAGGUUGCUUUGAUGGCAGUAAAUGAAAUGAAUCUCUCAUAAAUCAUGGGCACGCAAACUAAACAGCCACAGUUAUAACUAAAUGCAUUGGGUGGCGCUGUGGCACCUGUGCAUGUGAUGAUGUGCAUUAUUUGAUGACUGGCGGUUGAAGAAUGGCGUCGUCUAAAAAUAAACGCAGCGGAGUCUGGAAUUACUUUGAUCAAAAUGACCAACAUGUCGUGUGCAAAAUUUGUCAAAUUGAAUUGAGUUAUCAUAACAGCACCAGCACAAUGAGGAGUCAUAUGAAAUCCAAACACCAAACGGUCAAUAUUGACCAGUCAACCGAAGAAAGACAGCUCCCCAUCACUGCUUUCACGACUGCAGGUAACGUUAGACCCAGGUGUACCCCGGAGCGAGCCGAGAAGACCACUAAUCUCAUAUCAAAAAUGAUCGCGAGAGAUAUGCUUCCUUUAAGUUUCGUUGAAGGAGACGGAUUUAAGGAAGUCUUACACUUUCUUGAACCGGAUUACAACCCUCCCUCACGGAAAACCAUAACCGCGAGAAUCGAGCUCCAAUAUGAAUGCAAGGUUUCCGAACUCAAAACUACUUUAGGGAAAGUAGAGUUUGUGGCAAUUACAACUGACAGUUGGACAUCAUUAACUACAGAGUCAUAUGUCACUAUAACGUGUCAUUUUAUUGCUGAUAGUAAGGUGAACAGUUACGUUCUGCAAACCCGAGCUUUGGAAGAGCGACACUCCGCUGCCAACCUGGCGGAACAUUUGAAAACGUCUGUGGAACAAUGGGGCCUGGCCGGCAAAGUGGUCGCGUGCGUGCAUGACAAUGCUAGCAAUAUAGUUGCUGCAAACAGAGACGUGGACUGGGAAUCUCUUCCUUGCUUCGCGCACACACUUCAGUUGGCCAUUAAUGAUGGAUUUAAAGCUGCGAGCAUUAAUAGACUCAUUGGUGCAAGUAGUAAACUUGUCGGACAUUUCCAUCAUAGCACGAUUGCCUCAAAUGCACUGAAACAGAAACAAAGACAGCUGGAACUGCCAUCGCAUAAGCUUAUGCAAUACUGCAAAACGCGCUGGAAUUCGGCUGCUGAUAUGCUUGCACGUUUGCAUGAACAACGCUGGGCGAUCACCGCUGUCCUCUCUGACAGGACCACAACAAAGCUAGCGGAUGCUAAGACUCUGGAAUUAAUUGAUGAUCAUUGGCAGACAAUCGAGGAAAUAUUACCUGUUCUCCAGACCCUGAAAAUUGCAACUGAAGCACUGGGUGGCGAAAACUACGUGUCUGUCUCCAUGGUGUAUCCACUUGUGCACAGCCUUCUAUCCAGACACCUUCAGGUGAGCGGUGAAGAAUCUCAGAAAGUGAACGAGUUCAAAAACACAGUUGCAGCAUCUCUCAAGCAACGAGUAAACAUCGCUAACUUGCAGAACGCAGGGAAAACCCCUCUUCUCGCGUCCGCUCUAGAUCCUCGGCACAAACACCUCAGGUUCCUCGACGAAAACAUGAGAGUAAGCGUAAGAGAAAAACUUUUUGAACAAUAUCAGAGCAUUUCUUCUGAUGUGAUGGGUGCGGGUGGAGCCGUUGCCGCCGCUGCUGCUGAUGAGGAGGAUGAGCCUGUGCCUAGUCAUCGGAGAAGGCUGAGCCUGUUCUUCGGCGAAGAUUACAGUGAAUCAAGCCGAGACGAGUGGGAACAGUUCUUGACGGAGCCGUGUAUUCCACCAGAUGAAGAUCCCAUAAAUUGGUGGAAAGACAACACAAAGCGCUUCAAGAAACUUGGCCACUUAGCUCACCGUUAUUUGUGUGUCCCUGCAACGUCUGUGCCGGCGGAGCGCGUUUUCUCUGCAGCCGGCCUUAUUGUUAACAGACUAAGAUGCCGACUUUCACCCGAGCAUGUUGAUAUGCUUGUUUUUCUGAACAAGAACAUGUAAAAUAAUAACGAAAUAGCACUCAGACUUAGGCUAAACGUUCUGUAGCCUACAAUAGCCUAAUUUGAGCAGCCAGCUUUAUUGCCGUUUUUUUUGUGCGCUCGCUGCUCUGCGUUUAGUGCUUAAAUGCUUAUCUUGUAUUUUUUAUUCUUGCUCAUGUGUCUUUAUUUGUGCACACAAUGUUUGCAAUAAUUGCACAAAGGUUGAAAUGUAUAAGCUUGUUAAUAUAGUUGUAGCCUUAUAGGCUUGUUCAGAGAUGUUCAUACGUAACAAAACUGACGUUUGUUUGAAGUAACGUCUUUCUCAAUAAACGUAUUUAAAUAAACGAAUAUUCGAAUAUUCGUUUUCUGUGAGCUCGAAUAUUCGAAUGCAAUAUUUUUGAAAAAUGC